AUGGGAGUACCAAAGUUUUAUCGAUGGAUAUCGGAGAGGUAUCCAUGCCUGAGCGAAGUCAUCAGUGAUACAGAGAUUCCCGAAUUUGAUAAUCUGUACCUGGACAUGAAUGGAAUUAUACACAAUUGCUCUCACCCUAAUGACGAUGAUGUGAACUUCAGGAUCUCGCAAGAACAGAUUUUCUGUGAUAUUUUUGCCUACAUUGAUAAGUUGUUCAAUAUUAUUCGACCCCAAAAGGUGUUUUUCUUGGCUGUCGAUGGUGUUGCUCCAAGAGCCAAGAUGAAUCAGCAGCGUGCUAGGAGAUUCAUGUCAGCUCGUACUGCCGCUGAGCAGGAACAAGCUCAUGUGCGAAAAGGGGGAAAAUUACCCACCGAAAAGCGAUUCGACUCCAACUGUAUCACUCCAGGCACAGUUUUUAUGGCGGAGCUUCACCAAGCACUCUCAUCCUGGUUGAAUGUCAAAAUAGAUAAAGAUCCUUUGUGGCAUAAUAUACGAGUCUACCUAUCAGGACAUGAUUGCCCUGGUGAAGGAGAACAUAAAAUAAUGGAAUUUAUUCGACAUGAGAGAAUUGCAGAUGGAUAUGACCCUAAUACUCGGCAUUGUAUGUAUGGACUUGACGCUGACUUGUUGAUGCUUGGCAUAUGCUCACACGAGCCUCACUUCUCAUUACUACGAGAAGAAGUGAAGUUCAGCCGGCCUCCAUCAAAAAAGAGUGGAGCUGGAUCUGCUCAAAGGGCGAAUCCAUCUCAGACCAAUUUUCAUUUACUUCAUCUUUCUCUUCUGAGGGAGUAUCUAUCAUGGGAGUUCGAUCCUCUGAAGGCAUCUUUACCAUUUCCCUAUGACGUCGACCGAAUAGUGGACGACUGGGUUUUAAUGGGUUUUCUCGUCGGAAAUGACUUUAUUCCUCAUCUUCCGCAUGUUCACAUUCAUGACGAUGCUCUCCCUCUACUAUACCAAACAUAUAUUCAGAUCCUACCAACAUUAGAUGGUUACAUAAAUGAGUCUGGAAUUUUACAUUUGAAGCGCUUCGAAGUGUUUUUGAAAGCUUUCGCUGCGAAUGAUCGUAAACAUUUCCUGCAAAUAAUGGAGGAUGAGAGCUACCUCCGCAGCAAGAGGUGUCAAGAACCACAUGGUCAAAAUACCGAAGAGUCAUCUCUGUCCAGCACUGAUUCGAACGAUGAGCGUGACGAAACAACUGAAGAUUCACUGCUGGAUGAGGCUGCUUUCGUUAGCAGUGAUGAAGAGGAAGAUACUGCUGAAGCCGCUAAUCGAAUUCCUGACGGUGGUCUCCCAUCUGCAUCGUAUCUCUUGACUCAUCUUAAUAGCGGUUGGUUUAACUGUUGGACCAAAACUGUGAGUAACUCUUUUCGUCGACACAAACGAUCGUACUAUCGUGAAAAGCUUCAGUAUGAAAAUAUAACGAAAACUGAGCUUCGUCAACAAGCAGAAGGAUAUGUGAGAGCUAUACAGUGGAACCUGCAUUACUAUUACCGAGGAUGUGUUUCAUGGAAUUGGUUUUACCCUCAUCACUAUUCACCGUAUAUCUCGGAUGUUGUUGAUUUCUCUGAUAUGGAUAUGAGUUUUGAGCUGGGCCAGCCAUUCAAACCUUUUGAGCAACUGUUAGCCGUGCUACCUACUGCUAGUGCUGAAUGUCUUCCUCAGCCUCUCAGGGAUUUGAUGUGCAAUAAGGAAUCCCCUAUUUCCGAUUUCUACCCAACCGAUUUCCGUACUGAUUUAAAUGGGAAGAAAAACGACUGGGAAGCAGUCGUGCUAAUUCCUUUUAUUGAUGAAAAAAGACUUUUAUCUGCUAUGGAAAGCAAGAUACCUCUUCUCACACAGGAAGAAAAGCUUAGAAAUACUCCUGGAAACAUUCUUCUCUACUGCUCUCUUGAACUGCUACCACCAUCAUUGCUGUUAAGGCCCGUUCUUCUUCCGGUGGAUUCGUUCUAUCUGGAACCUCAGAAAGUCGUUUGGGGAUUAUUACCGAAUGUGAAGUUGGACGUAUACUUCCCCGGCUUUCCUACAAUGAAACAUCUACCGCAUUCUGCCGAACUCAAGCAGGUGAAGGAUAUUAUUUUUCUGCUGAAAAAAGAAGAGUUUGAGAAGGUAAGGGAGGUCUUCGACGGACGCUUGCUAUCGAGGAUCACGGGGACAGUGUUUCUCUUGCAUGAGCGCUCUUCAGAAUCAAAAGAUUUGCCUAAAAUUCCAGAAAGAAUUAAUAUAGGACUAUCUCUCAAGUUUUCCAAGAGGAAUCAAGAGGUAUGGUUGAUUGGUGAUUUGAAGUCUAAGGGAACUACGGUUCCGUUUGGAUCUCAAGGAACAGUGGUGGGGUUAUCGUCCGGGAAAGUUGAUGUUCUGUUCGAUCUCGAAUUCAAUGGGAAAGAAGUUAUACUUGGCGCCUGCGUUCCAAAAACUUCUCUAAUAAACAUCACUUACGGCAAAACGCGGAAAGGGCAAAAACUGAAGCGGCAAAGAGAAAAUGGCAGCUUACGUGCAAAGAUUGGGAAACGUUUGGUUGCAGGCAAAGAAAGCAAAGAAAACACUCCUUCCGGCAUUCAAAAGGUCCGAAAUUCAUUGCUGCCAGAUGGCUACUCAUUGACAUGCCAUGUUUCAGAGCAGCUUGUUCGGAAGUCGUCCAUCUCCACCUGUCGUACCAAACGUGCAUUUAACUCCUGA